UAAAUGGAUAGCAAAGAGAACUAUUUUAACAUCAAAUAAAUGACAGAAUCUUAUAGGAAUGUUAAGAAAUACUCAUAACACUCGAACACCAUUGUAGAUAUGUUUAUAGAAAUCACUUAGAAAUUGGACAAAUCUUCAAAAGAUUAUUUAUCAAAAGUCAUUCCCAUUGAUGAUAACAAAUCAACACUCAGUCAAGUAGACACCAUCAUCAUUAUGAAUUAUUUCAAAUAAAUAGUCAUCUAUCUAAUUAAAACCAAAGUGGAAUUAGAAGAAAAAACAUAAUAAAUCGAAUCUCAGACCCAAUAUGAGACUUUGAUUCAAAAACUUGAAGCUGAUGUUCGUUAACAUAUUCGAAUUGAAUAACAGUUGAGAAUCUACACAGAAACCUUGUAGUAAAAAAUUGAUGAUUUCGUAAUCGAAAGAGAAUAAUAAAUUUAAAUGAUCUAAGAAUAUGAACAAUAAAUUAAAUAGAAGAAUAAAGAUAUAGUAAUCUAUCAAAGUGAACUUCGUAAAGCUGUUAAUUAAAACUAACAAAAACACACCAAACUUGUAACUGAACCUAUCCAUGAAGAAUAUGAUACGACAUACCAUAAAAAAAAAUUAAACCAAACUAAUUACACACAUCAAAGAAAACCCAGCCAACUCAAUGAGGAUAUAUCUGUAUCUAAUAGUAAGUAUCAUUAAUAAUAGAAUCUCAAAUCAAUAGUUAUAAAAACUCACCAGAAAGAAUCCCAAUUCGUAAGAUAUCAGUGACUAAUUAUGCCGAAACCAAAGCCAUCAAAUAGCCUGUCUUUAUUCGACAGCCUUGGUAUAUAAAUAAAUUGAUAUUCUUUAGUCCAAUGUCAUAUUCACAUUUAAAAACUGAAGCUUAAAUCAGUUAUCGAAGUAACAGUUAAGAGAGUAAGUAUCUAUACAAAAAUUAAGUAAAAUGA